AUGGGAACACUUUAUAUUUUAAAAAAAGUUGUGAUAUUUCCAGUUAUUAUUUGCUCUUUAGAAUAUACAAAAAAUAUUUUAUAUGAUGUAAGGGGAGGAAAAGAUGUGUAUUCCCAAACAAGCUCAAUAAAUUUUAGAAAUUAUAGGAUAUUAAAAGGUUCAAAAAAAAAAUUCGAUGUUGAUUAUUUUUACGAUUCUGUUGUGAGUCUUGUACAUCUGGAAGACAGUGAUGAGGAAUGCGAUGAAACAAAAGGUGUCUCGGAUAAUGAAAAUACAAAAAAGGUUCAUACAGAAAUUGAAAAAUGUCCAGAUCACGAGAAACUUAAAGGAACUAAAAUGUUGAAAACAAAUUUGGAUGGUACAGAUAUUGUAAGUUGCAAUUAUUUAGAUGGUGAUAACAAGGUACCAGUGACUGAUAAUAUUUCGAAUUAUUUAGAAUUGACAAAUGAGUAUAAUUAUAAUAAUAAAACAUAUGAACCGACUUUAUCCAUAUAUCAAGAUAAUUCACUAGUAAAACCAAAUGAUUCACCGGAAAAUGAACAUUCUAAACUACUAAGAGCUAGUGGCAGGCAUAUAUUGGAUGUUGAUUUACAAAAGUAUGAAAAUGAAUAUAAUAAACAUAAUUCACAAGAGUGUACAACAAACGUCAAACAGAAUAACGUUGCCAACAAGGAGUUAAAAGACAAAAUUUUGGAUACGGCUAUAAAUAUAGUAAUUGGUAUUUUGAUUAUUGGGACGAUUGGGCCGGCAUUCCCUUUCAUGCUUAUAAAGAAAGAAAGAUUUGAUACUCAAGUAAAAAAUAUGUGGAAAUUUUACAAAAGUGCUUUUACAAGAGAAAAUCAAAAGAAACAAUAA